AUGGGAGCUGAGCCAAAGGAGAGAAACAAGUCAUCAGGGAGGAGAAGCAAUGCUGGGCAUCGUGAGUCUCAGGAGUUGGCUGCUAGACCUAGAGGCAGUGAUAAAGACAAAGAAAUGCCAGUUAAAGAAAAUCUAAGCUUUGAAAUUUCUGGAGCACUUCUGGAGGACACCAACACCUUCCAGGGUAUAGUCCUUAAAUACAAAAAAAAAUACAAUGAGCCUUCAGAAGCAUGAGCUCCACCCCCCAAAAAAUGGCAGCAUAUUUACCCUUUUAAAAACCGUGAGGUUCUUCCAAUCACGUGCAUCCAUCGUCAAAGUGCUUACCUUCUGGGUCAACCCUGCUGCAUUGCGGAUAUUCCAAUUGAUUAUCCAUCUUGCUCCAAGCAGCAUGCAGUGUUUCAGUAUCAGUUUGUGGAAUAUACAGGUACAGAUGGAACAAUUGGCUGCAGAAUGAAGCCCUACAUCAUUGACUUUAGCUCAGACAAUGGGACAUUUUACAACAAAUGCAUUGAACCACAGAGAUACUAUGGACUGAAGGAAAAGGAUGCUCUUAAAUUUGGGUUCAGCAACAGAGAGUAUGUUCUGUUUUACGAGUUCUCUGACACCUCUGAAGUAGAUAGGAAAGAUGAGGAGGAAAUCCGGAUCCCACCCAUCUCUCCUCAUAAUUCUUUAUCAAUCCCCCUGAAUUUCCUGCAUUCAGCAAAUCCUACCCGGGAAAUGUCAGUCUUCUACCUCACUUCUAUAGGCCCCAGCAGUACCCGAAAAGCUCUUUGCUGCCCCCUACUGAUCCUUAGAACUAUUUCUGGAGACAAGAAGCAAUUUUCAUCAAGACCUUCGAAAGUAGUCCAUGAUUCCAAAAUGAGAGAUAAGAACUCAAAACCUGAGAGUCUUCAAGUAGUCAGCAUUAGAGGAUCUGAUAGAGGAAAUCCCUUCAAUACCCAAGUGAAAGCCUUUCUCAACAUCAGUUGUCAAAGUAUACUCAUCCCCACUAAGUGCAGUGAUGUGAACUACCCACACUCAGUACUUUCUUUUCCAGAAAAUCACAUUGAUCCGGCGAUCAAUGAGGUGAAUUUGAAGAACAUCUUUCCUGUUGGGAGAUGA